AUGUACAUUUUGAGUCGGAUCCAGGACCUCAUUCGCAUCCCGCCCCUGGCAUUCAACACGCCGAUCCAACAUGCCAUCACGGAUGAGCUCCACAAAAAAUACCUGAACAAGGUGAUUAAUGGAUUGGGUUUGGCGAUCCUGGUGUGGGAUUUACUAAAGAUCGAAGACGGUAUGCUUAAGACUGGCGAUGGUGGCUCCUACGUCGAUGUUGAGUUCCGCCUUGUUGUUUUCAAGCCGUUCGUCAACGAGAUCCUCCAAGGAUGGGUCGCCGGGUGUACCGAAGCUGGUAUCAAGCUUCGACUCGACUUCUUCGAUGACAUUUGGGUCCCCAAAGAAUACUUGUUUGAAGGUUGCACUUAUAAGAGCGAAGACAACGUGUGGGUGUGGCGUCCUGACGCUGACGAUCCCGAAAGCGAGUUGUUUUUCGAUAUCAACGAAAAGGUUCGUUUCCGAAUCGAAGAAGAAAUGUUUGUAAACACCAAGCCUAAGCUGGGUUACGAGACUGAGGAGGAGAUCGCUAAAAAACCUGCCGCCUACUGGUUGAAAGCAUCUAUGCAAUUGGAAGGUAUGGGUUGCACCUCGUGGUGGGACUAG